AGCAGAUGAAUUCAAAGGUUCCUUCUAGGAAACUGUCCCUGCCUGGGCGGGACAGAGGCCUUGGCGCUGGGCUGGGCUGGGCUGAGCACGGCACCCUGUCCACAGGUUUGUACACACCUCGCCACAGCAGUGUGGAGAGGCCUUGGGAGCCAGGCCAGCAUGGUGGAGUUUGCUCCCUUGUCCGUGCCUUGGGAGCGCAGGCUGCAGACUCUGGCGGUCCUACAGUGGGUCUUCUCCUUCUUGGCCCUGGCCCAGGUCUGCGUGGUCAUCUUCAUAGGCCUCCUCUUCACAAGGUUCUGGCUCCUCUCCAUCCUGUAUGCCACCUGGUGGUACCUGGACUGGGACAAGCCGUGGCGGGGCGGCAGGCCCAUCCAGACCUUCAGGCGCUGGGUCAUAUGGAAGCACAUGAAGGACUAUUUCCCCGUCUCGCUGGUCAAGACCGCUGAGCUGGACCCCUCCAAGAACUACAUUGCGGGCUUCCAUCCCCAUGGAGUCCUGGCAGCCGGAGCCUUUAUCAACCUGUGCACUGAGAGCACGGGCUUCUCCUCGCUCUUCCCGGGCAUCCGCCCCCAUCUGAUGAUGCUGAACCUGUGGUUCCGGGCCCCCUUCUUCCGAGAUUACAUCAUGUCUGGGGGGCUGGUCACGUCAGAUAAGGAGAGCGCUGCUUACAUUCUGAACAAGAAGGGCAACGGGAACCUGCUGGCCAUCAUUGUGGGGGGCUCCCAGGAGGCACUGGAUGCCAGGCCUGGGGCCUUCACGCUGUUACUGCGGAAUCGAAAGGGCUUUGUCAGGCAGGCCCUGAUACACGGGGCAGCUCUAGUGCCGAUCUUCUCCUUUGGGGAGAAUAACCUAUUUGACCAGGUGCAGAACUCUUCUGGCUCCUGUUUGCGCCGAGUCCAGAAUCGGCUGCAGAAGAUCAUGGGCAUCUCCCUCCCCCUCUUCCAUGGCCGCGGCAUCUUCCAGUACAGCUUUGGUUUCCUGCCCUACCGCCAGCCCAUCACCACCAUCGUGGGAAAGCCCAUCGAGGUGCAGAAGAUACUGAGGCCCUCAGAGGAGGAGGUGGACCAGCUCCACCAGUGCUAUAUCAAUGAGCUAUGCAACCUCUUUGAGGCCCACAAGUCCAAGUUCAACAUCCCUGCUGACCAACACUUGGAGUUCUGUUGAACACCUCCAGCCAGGAGGGAGGUUGCUCCCAGGGCAAACCAGCAUUUGGGAGCUCAGCCAGAGUGCUGGAACCUGAGGAGGCAUCCUGCAUGUGUUUUGAACACAUCUCCAGAGCUUCCCCAGACUUCUACAAGUCCAACCACAGCUGGCAACAUGGAAGAGGAGACCAGACUGAAAUCUGUGAUUUGCACUCCUACAGCCAAAGCUCUGCCAGUCUCCCUCUCCUUGGCCUCUGGAUGCUCAUCUAUGAAACGUGAGAGAGAACUGGAAGAAAAUGACUCCUGGGGGCUCUGUCCUCUCCUGUAAUGUCACUCAAAGAUUACAAAAGAGCAUGUAGGGAAAAAGAGAGUAACGAGCCUUUUCUUCCUCUACACUUGAGUAACAGCACAAAAGAAGCUCCCAGCUCCAGCCCUUUCCCCUACCUGCCCCCUUGUAUCACACUCUGGAUGUCCCUCCCUCCUCCAGCUGGAGAGAAGGUGGUGGGCAGUGAGUCCCUGCACUCACCCAAUGCACCUUCAAAUUUCUGGACCCUCUGAGCUGUGUUGUGGCAGCCAGAGGUUAUUGGAAGGUGGGCAAAGAGAAUUCCACUGUCACUGACUGACUGUGAUUGGGGGCAGGCCUCUUCCCCCACCCUCUGAGCCUCAGUUUCCCCGAAUUAGAUGACCUUUGAGUCUUGGUUUUGACAGCACAUAAUUUGAGAACUCCAGGAGGACUCCUCUUGCUUAUUCUUUGUAACUUCAGACCUUGGCACAAAAGGAGGGACCCAACAAAUGUCAGUUCAAUAAACGAAAGCAUUCUAUUUUACCCCCCCCCCUUUUUUUCCUUCCCGCCCUGCCCCUGCACCUACCCUCAUCAAGGAUACAGGUCAAAGCUUUUGACCCUCAGCUAGGCCCUGUGGCCCUGUGGCCCUGACCCAUCUUCCCAAGACCUGGAUUACUCUGGUCCACAGAAGACCAUGUUCUUUCCUGACCCAUCACCUAAGUUAAUCACCUCUGGUCCUAUUCUUUUAGGAAAUAGGGGAAAACAAUAUGUCUAUGGCCAGCUGACUCAGAGAACAAAAACCAGGUGUGGGGUGUGUGAGACUGCAUGUAUCUGGGGGAGAGUGAUGUCCUGACAAGGAGAAUUCUGGAUUCCUGGGUCAGGGACAUGCAUCAGGAGGAUGGCCAGGAGGCAUGAGGCCCCCUCCCCUCUAGCGAAGAAGCAGACCCUUCCCUCCAAAAGCAGAUCCCUGCAACCUGGGGGCAGGCAUUUGGAGAAGUAUAAUUUGGGGUUCCAAUCUGGUCCCAUCUAUUUUCAGAGACCCUGAGAAAAAUCACAUCCAAGCCUCAAAUUUGUCAUCUGACAAAUAAAGACUACAUCUCCCUCUA